AUCACUGUAGGACGAGCACAAGCGGGAAACGGAUUAAAACUGACAGUUUUGGCUUUGCUCCUUCUCCCCGAUGAACUUGCAGCCAGAUGCGGAGAGCGACGUGGCGCCUUCGGCUAUGGCGACAAAGGUGACAUCUGGACUGAGGCGCCCUGACAAACCUCCUUAUUCCUACAUUGCGCUCAUUGUAAUGGCUAUCCAGAAUUCCCCAACGAGGAGAUCAACGCUAAGCGAGAUUUAUCGGUUUCUCCAGGCAAGAUUCCCCUUCUUUAGAGGAUCUUACCAAGGGUGGAAGAACUCUGUUCGGCACAACCUGUCUCUGAACGAAUGUUUCAUUAAAUUACCCAAAGGCAUGGGGAGAGCAGGUAAAGGGCAUUACUGGACUAUUGACCCCGCCAGUGAGUAUAUGUUUGAGGAAGGAUCUUUUCGCCGUAGACCAAGGGGAUUCAGAGGAAAAUGCCAAGCUUUAAAACCCAUAUAUCGGAUGAUGAAUGGAAUUGGUAUAGGGUCAUCUAUAUUACCGCAGAGCUUUGAUUUCCAAUCUCCAACCGGCUCCUUGACAUGUCACAGCAAUGGUUACAACCUAGAAAUAAUGUCGAAUCCAAUAACCACCACGUACGACGGAUUUAACGGUGGCCAACGUACCUCACAGUCCUCUUCCAACGCUGGAUCUGCGUAUAUAACCAGCUUUCAGGCAAAGACAAACGGAGACUACGGUCCAAACAGAAGCAGCAGACCGCUGUCAUCACCCACCGUAUCGGCUAGCUGUGUGGAUUGUCUUUCCCCCUAUGCAGGCGCUGGUGCACCCUGUGCACCCAAUAUUAGCUCAACAUACAUAAAUCAUCAAUCUCUGGCACCAGCUACCAGCAAUCCUGUACAUUCGGGUUUAUCCUCCAGCAUGCCAUCCUACGCCAUGGAACAGGGAUGCCUCCAUCCAAACUUUGGGGAAGCACCCAGCAUUGCAGGGCUCCCUAGACAUCAAUCCCACUCCUCCUCCGUACGUGAAAGGACAGAUUUCCAUCUGAACAUGAAUAAGUUUUCCUCCUUACAUCCACCCGGCGUUGGGUCUAACGACACCCACUCACUGCUUCGCCAGCAAGACAUCAAGCCGUGCGCCAUAUGAAUAUGAGUAAGUCCGCUUAGAUAAAGAAGAAAAUACUGCAGCCGAAGUCAUUAUUAAGUUGAUAGGUGGUAAAGAACCAUUAUGAAGUCAAUCGCCUUAUUUUAAUUGUCCUGAUUAUUCCUGAUUAAUCUUUAUUUUAGAAAAAUGUAUAAUAUUCCUAGACUGGAGCAGCGCACUGAAUAAUUUUGCUGUUAAAAAUCCUGUCAAAUUUCAGCAUAAUGUAACCUUUUUCUGAAAUGUAUAUACAUGUGG